AUGGCAGCAUGCUGGUUGUGGCCGACUUACAUCCGUCGGGUGGAGGUGGCAACUGGCGCGGUCACGACGCUCGCGGGCAGCGGCGAAAAAGGCAAUGCGGAUGGCGUGGGCGAUGCGGCGCAGUUCAACGAACCACACGGCCUCGCGGUCAGCCCGGACGGCAGCGCGCUGUUUGUGGCGGACUGCGACAACCACAAGAUCCGUCGGGUGGAGGUGGCGACUGAUGCUGAGACUACGCUCGCGGGCAGCGGCGAAAACAGCGACGCGGAUGGCGUGGGCGAUGCGGCGCAAUUCCACUUCCCACACAGCCUCGCGGACUCCAUCAACGACAAGAUCCGGCGGGUGGAGGUGGCGACGGGUGCGGUGACUACGCUCGCGGGCAGCGGUGCCUGCGGCAGCGUUGAUGGCGUGGGUGACGAGGCGCGGUUCGAGCUGCAGGAGAGCGUCGGGCCGGCGAGCGCCGCGCCGCUGCUCGAGGCGGCGCACACGACGGGCGACGGGCGGCUCCUCGCGCAGUGCCGCCGCUUCGUGGCCGACCACGCCGCCGAGGUGCGCGCGAGCGGCGGCGUGGAGCAGCUGCGCGACCUCGGCGUGGCCAAGGGGCUGCUCGGCGACGCGCUCGACCAGGUGGCGGAGCUGAAGAAGGGGCGCGCGGCGGCCUGA